UCCUCAAGUCAAGUAGAGUGGUGUGAGGCAAGUUAGAAAGGUCAGCAAUGGCGAAGUUUUCGAAUAGUGUUGUAGUUCUCCUAAUGUUGCUCAUCGCAGCAUGGAGGACAAUGCCGGUGCUAUCCCAUUUUCAAAUUACCAAGCCAGCAGCAGGGUCGGAUUUUGAUUACGGACGCCAGGUGAAGAAUGAGAACAAGGCAAGCACGCCAGAUGCAGAAUUCAGCAAGGCAGCCGGUGAGGCUACAGUUGUGCUCAAGGCCAAGGAAGAACUGUCAAAGCGCAUGGUGAAACACAUACAGACCAUCGUCGUAAGCCCCCAAAUCGCGUUACAAAUGAAAUUGGUGUUAUUGAUUAAGUCGGCGGAGUUUAUGAGAGCCAUGGCCGGAGAUGUCGCGGAUCAGAUGACCAUAGUUGGCCAACAACACCCUACUGUUGCUUCCGCGGACAUCGUGGCAGCACUCAGGCUUCAACAGGAGAUCCUUAAGAAGGCCGCAGAACGUUGCAAGGCUAUCUCCCUCGAUGCUGCAAUGCCAGAAAAUGAGAAGUAUGAGUUGGUGAAGGGUGUGGCACGCGACCUUUCUACAGUUGCAGGAAACAUAGCCAUCAGCAUGUCAUCACUGGCUGAGGAUGCAGUUGGAGUAUCUGGCCGUGUAGCAGCCGGUGUUGAUAUCAAUGCUCGUGUUGAGACUGAGAGUCAAGCUCUGGCUAGAGCUGAAGCUAAAGCUGUUGUUGAAGCUGUUGCUGAUGCUCAAGCUAUAGAUAAAGCUGAAGAUAAAGCCAUUGCUGCAGCUGAAGCUAGUGCUGGACCUGGAGGAGAAGCUAAAGCAAGUAAGAGCAGUAGCUUCAGCGGUGCUGGAGGAUAUGAAGGUGGCAAAACUGAUGCAGAUGACACAACUACUUCUGGUGGUGGUGAGGUAGGGGGUAACGGCAAAGCAGAUGUCGAUGCCACUGCUGGAGGAGAAGCUAAAGCAAGUAAGAGCAGCAGUUCCAGCGCAAGUGGCGAUGCUGGAGGAAAUGAAGGUGGAAAAACUGAUGCCGAUGCAACUACUUCUAGUGGCGGUGAGGUAGGGGGUAGCGGCAAAGCAGAUGCCGAUGCCACUGCUGGAGGAGAAGCUGAAGCAAGUAAGAGCAGCAGUUCCAGCGCAAGUGGCGAUGCUGGAGGAAAUGAAGGUGGCGAAACUGAUGCGGAUGCAACUACUUCUAGUGGCGGUGAGGCAGGAGGUAGUGGCAAAGGAGAUGUCGAUGCCACUGCUGGAGCUGGAGGAGAAGCUAAAGCAAGUAAGAGCAGCAGUAUCAGCGCAAGUGGCGAUGUUGGAGGAGAUGCAGGUGGCAAGACUGAUGCGGAUGCAACUACUUCUAGUGACGUUAAGGCAGGGGGUAACGGCAAAUCAUAUGUCGAUGCCAGUACUGGAGGUGGUGGAGCAGAUGUCGAUGCCACCGCUAGAGCUGGAGAAGCUAAAGCAAGUAAGAGCAGCAGUUUCAGCGCAAGUGGCGAUGCUGGAGGAGAUGCAGGUGGCAAAACUGAUGCGGAUGCAACUAUUUCUAGUGGCGGUAAGGUGGGGGAUAGUGGCAAAGCAGAUGUUGGUGCCAGUGCUGAAGGUGGUGGCUUGAACUAUUAAAUAUAAGUAUACGUAGUGGCCACAAUAAAAGUUUGCCACUGAGCUUCUUCUCUUUAAUUGCCUGGGACUGGGCCCACCAGUAAACUUUGGUGUUGCUCAAAUCAAUAGCUCCAGUGCACCUCUCCAUUUCUCCUUUGAGGCUACUAGUGGAUAGGCGCACAUGUUGACAUAAAAGAGUUUAUAAGGGUGAAAUCACAAUGUUUUUUUAAAAUAAUAAUAAAAAUAGUUCUAUGGAUGUUGUACGACAAAUAUUUUGUUACAAAGUUAAUUAUACGGAAAGUCAAUAGAAACAACGUCCAGUCAUCGAGUAUGUCCUUUAAAUGUACUCCUAUUGAUGUUUGAGUGCAUUCGCAUUGAAACCA